ACAACUUUUUUUUUCCUUCCUCAGCAUUGCUAUAAAAUGUUCAGAACUCCUGUACAUUUACGGCUGUCUAGAUCCCCGUGUAAGAGCUCUGGUGUUCAGUUUACGAUGCUGGGCCCGUGUUCAUGGACUUACAAACAGUGUGCCUGGUACCUGGAUUACAAACUUCUCUUUAACCAUGAUGAUCAUGUUUUUUCUGCAAAAGAGAUCGCCGCCUAUCAUUCCAACACUAGACCAACUUAAAGAGCUGGCAGAUGAAAAAGACAAAGAUGUAAUCGGAGGGUAUGAUUGCUCAUUUGUGAGCGACUUAAGCAAGAUAAAGCCUACAAAAAAUACAGAAACGCUUGAUGAGUUGCUGUGUGACUUCUUUCAAUACUUCGGAAACUUUGACUUCAGAAAGAAUUCCAUAAAUCUUCGAAAGGGAAAGGAAGUAAAUAAACCUGAGUCGUCUCCUCUUUAUAUCUGGAAUCCUUUUGAACAAGACCUUAAUAUCAGCAAGAAUGUUAAUCAGCCACAGCUGGAGAAAUUUGUAGCUGUGGCCAGAGAAAGCGCCUGGAUUUUACAGAAGGAAGAUAAAACUCAGCAAAUGAUCAAUAAGGAGCCCUGGGGACUGGCAGCUGUACUGAUACCAUUUGGAAAAAGCAAUCCAAACACGUUGAAGAGUAGGACAAAGGGAAUAGGAAGUGAAACAAUCAAAAGCCUCUUGGACUCUUUAAAGUUAAGUGAUGCAAACAAUGUACAGAAAGCAGUGGGAAAGUGACUUUCAGCACAGAAACACAGUAGCUGCUGUUCUGUUUUAGGAAUUGAAUGUGACACAGUUUGAAGAAUAUUGCUUUUAAUAUUUCUUUUGUGGUGAAAUGGAGAGUUGGUGACCUCUGGUUGUCAUUGUGAUGUUUUUUGUACAGGUCUACUUUCUGUACGUCAUCUUCUCCUUUACUCUUCACUUUUCCAUCUGUUUUGUGAAUGAAGAGCAUUAAAAUGCAAAUUUUACAGAUACAUUUUGGAAGCAGACUUUGAUUGGACACUUCAAAAAAGAAAAAAAUGAAUGAAAAGAGGAGCAAGGGAAAAAGCCACUGGGAAUUGUUUCAGUUAAUUCUUUUUGGUUAAGUAAAAGCUCAAGAAGUAACCACUUUUCAAUGAAAGCACAUCUUAAAAGAAGAUGAAUUUUGAACCAUUGCUUCCACUGCAGUCACAUGCAGGAAGCCAGUAAAACUAAAGUGCAUGUGUCUGUUUUUGGAAUUGUUUUCAAUUCAUGGGGCUAGAGCUAAGACAAAAAUAAAGAGGAUGGAAUUAGAUAACAGGGUUUACAGUUUCGUAGGUUAUUGCUCUCCAAGGAUAGAGCACCUGUUUUGUGUUGGAAAAGUGGGUGUGCUCGUGUUUACCACCUGUUCUCAAACUUCUUCAACCAAAUCUUUAUUUUAUUUUACACAUAGUGCUUGUUCCGACUCAUACUUAUCUGCUUAUGUUUUCUCAUUUUGCCUUCAACUUCAAUUUAAACUCGUAUUUCAGUUUCCAGCAGAAGACUUUUUGGUGCUCUUCUGACUUUAUCAACUCUCCUGAAAGUUGCUGCCUACUGGACAGCACCAAAACCUUCCUCUCACUAUCACUGCUUCUCUCUUUGUCCUUUUUGGGAUUUCACAGGAAAUCCUAUAACAUACUUGAGCCCACAGUCCUGUCUUACUUUUCAGAUAUUCAAUGGAGUGCUGACUGUCCAUGUCUCAGAUCAGCUAGGCCAGCAAGAGUCAACUGUCUUGAAGCAUUGAGUUCUCUGUGCUUUAUACCACAAGAGAGUGUUUUUGGAGGAGUAUAGAGAGGGCUGGAAGGAAUGAAGACAGAAAGAGAAAUGGAAAGAGGGCAGACAAAUUACAGAUUUUCAGGUAGAUUUGUGAUGCCACUGAUGCAUUACAACUAAAUGGCAAGCAUGAUGAGAACAAUUACACAGAUUGUUAUUUCGACUCCUUUAAGUACUGUGCAAGAAUUACUGUAAAUCAGAGAUUGUCAUACAGAUGUAAUAUUCAUGUUUAUGCUAACUUUAAUUUUCAGUAUUUUUAGAUUCUUUAAUGCUGUACUGGUAUAUGCUUUGUUGUGGGCUUUCUUUUUGUUUGUCGCAACUGGUAUUAUCAUUUGAGAAGUGUCUCUUUUCCCUGAGAUAUAUUUAUUAGCGAUCAUAUAGGAAAUAAUGUGUAAUUCCAGAGUAUUUGUAAAAACACUGCUGGGUAAGGAGUUCAGCAGUUAACAGUCUAAACAGACUUUGAGGGACAGAUCAAUGCUAUAUUAAUUUAUUUGAUUUUUAAAAUAAUAUUCAUAUGUGUCCAUUUCACACUGCUAGAUGUUUCAUCAAAGAAUGACUUACAGAUUUAUUAUCCUAGUCACAGGAAUUAAUUCUUCUAUUAACUUUCCUGAGCCUUGAAAUUCAAACUUAGCUUUCUACUUAAAUCUCUGUGCUAGUGUAUGAACUAUGACCUUUUUUGGAAGUUGGAUGAAGUUUACUGUAACUUAUUAUUGGUGCUAAUACAAAUCUUUUCAUAGCAAGCUUGUCAUGGAUGUGGUAAGCAGUCUGUUGCUAACUUAAACUUCAUAGAACCAAGAUGUUUUCUUCUGUUUCCUAAGCAGUAGACUUGAAAGCUUUUUGAAGCAUUUGAAGAUUAGGUGACACUUGAGUACUUGUGGGUUGUCUCUUUCCCUGUUAAAUAGAGCAGGUAACAGGGAUCCCCACAUAGAGAUGAUGUGAUAGAGAGUCUCUGGCAAGGAUUAAGGGGAAGGAUAGCAAACAGAUUUUGUUGUUGGUUUCUGCUAUCAGUCAUCCAUCCAUGGUGACAGAGAUGAGGUAUUCCACAAGCAAUUAAGAGAAAUCUCUGGAUCAGUAACUCUCAUCCUUUUGGGAGACUUAAACUUCCCAGAUAUAAACUGGAAUAUUUUAGUACCGCGACAGGCAAGCCUGUGAAAUUCCUAAAGCACACUGAAGAUAACUUCUUGUCACAAGUGCUUAGCCAGCUGGGAGAGGUGCCCUUCUAGAACUGUCUUUUGAGCAUAAGGAAAGUCUUGUGGGAGGUGUGAUGGUAGGUGGCUGUCUUAGCCACAGCGAUCAUUAAAUAGCUGAGUUCAGAAGAGGUCAGCAGAGUUACCACCCUGGAUCUUAAGAGAGCAAACUUUAAGCUGCUCAGAGAGUUAGUUAGCAGCAUCCCCUGGCAAUCUGCUUUAGAGAGUUCAGGAGCUCUAUAAGAGCUGCUCACUUCUUAAGAACCACCUUUUAAAAACAUGGGAGCAAGCAAUCCCAUUGUGUCAAGCAAAUAGAAGAGAAUAUCAGCUUUACUGAACAGGGAACUCCUUUUGGAACAUGGGCAGAAAAAUAACCUACGAUCUCUGGAAGCAAGGUCAGGGAGAUGAAAAGAGCUACAGUUCACAGUUGUAGGGAGAAAAUAAGAAAAGCCAAAGCUCAGCUCGAGUUGACACUGGCCAUUGUGUCAGCAAAAAAUGAUUUUUUUAAGUAUGUCAACAGCGAGAGGAGAUGUAAGGAAAACGUUGGACUGAUAUUUGGUGAAGAUGGUUACCUAACAAAUUGGAAUGAGGAAAAAGCAGAGGCAUCUAAUGCAAAAAGCCCUGGCUUUUAAUAUUAAUGAUAGUUCUUGGGUUGCUGGUCCUGUGAGUUGGAGGGACAUGACUCAUGACUAAGGGAGCAUGAUCUGUGGUGUCAUAAGUGUAAGAGAAUAGUUGCAUCAGCACAGUGUUCAUAGUCUGUAGCACCUGACAGGGUUCACUCCAGAGCAAAGGACCUCUCAAGAAUUUACUGAAGGUCUUACGUAUAUGAGGAGUAGGGGUAUCAACAGCAAACUUACUGAGACAGAAGCAUACAGCCCAUCUGUGAUGAUAGUGUAUACCUUCUUGCAUUAUAUUCACACUGGCUUGAUGUCACAUAGAAAGACUAUAACAAUUUUGACACUUAGACAUAAGAUGCUUGCAGUCAAACACCAAUAAACUUUGAAUUUUGUUUAUGCA